AUGAAGAUAUUUAUUCAAUUUGUAGAUUACAGACUUUGGAAGAUAAUCCUGGAAGGUCCACAAUUUCCAACCAUUACAGGAGCUGAUGGUAUGGUUACUCUCAAAGGUGAAGUUGAUUGGAAUGAUGAUGAUAGAAAGAAAGUAGAGCUCAACGCCAAAGUGAUCAACCUGCUCAACUGUGCGGUCAGCUUCGAGGAAUACCGACGGGAAGGAGAAACAAUUGAUCAAAUGUUUGAAAGGUUCAACAUUAUCAUCAUUGACUUGGAUGCUAUGGGAAUCAGACAUCCUGAAUAUGUGCUUGUGUGGAGAAUAUUGAGAUGUCUCACUAAAGAGUGGAAAACCAAGGCUAUAAUAAUAGCUGAGAGUAGUGAUAUUGAUGAAAUGACAUAUGAUGAUCUAAGAGGAUACUUACUUGCUUUUGAAAACACUUAUUUAAAGAGAGAUAGAAAAAAGAAGGGAGUUGCUCUCAAAUCAGUCACUGAAUCUCUGGAUGAUGAAUCCAGUGAUAAUUUAUCUGACAAUAAUUUUGUUUUGUUUGCUAAGAAAUUCAGGAAAAUGAUGAAGAUGAAGGAACGAAACAAAAGAGACAGUUCAAGGAAACCGAAAAGGGAUCUAAGUAAGGUGAUCUGCUACAAUUGUAAGGAAAUAGGACACUUCAAGUCUGAUUGUCCAAAACUAAAGAAGGAGGAUAAACCGAAAAGUGAGAAGAAAAAAGGACUCAUGGCUUCAUGGGAAGAUCUGGAAAAUGACACUGAUGAAGACGAAGAAUCAGAAACCAAAUCUCAAACUUGUCUCAUGGCCGAUCACAUAGAGCAGGCAGUAUUUCUUAAUCCUUCUACUGAAGACCUUCAUCUUAUGAUUGAUCAUCUUUCUGAAAAGAUUAAAUGUCUCAUAAAUGAAAACCAAGAUCUUGAGUCUCAAAUAGAAAUACUAAAAGGUGAAAAUGGUUUUCUUAAAGAUAAAUUAAGGGAAGCCGAAACUGCUAUUAAUCUUGUUGAAGAAAACAAGCUAUGUUAA